AUGACAGAGAACCCGUUCGAUGUGGAACAGGUUCUAAAACCACCCCAACGUGUCAACUCGGCUGCAAACCGCUAUUGCACCCAGUCGGUGGAGGACACGGUGCUGGAGUUCAAAACCGAUCCUCACAAGGGGCUUUCAGACAAUCAGGAUAUUCUCAACCGUAGAUCCAUACACGGUGUCAACGAGUUUGCCGAAGAUGAAGAGGAGAGUCUUGUGAAAAAAUUCAUCGCAAGCUUCUAUUCUGACCCAUUGAUCUUACUUUUGAUCGGGUCUGCUGUCAUUUCAUUUUGGAUGGGAAACGUCGACGACUCCAUAUCUAUCACCUUGGCAAUCACUAUCGUCGUGACUGUAGGUUUUGUCCAGGAGUACCGUUCGGAAAAAUCGCUAGCUGCAUUGAACAAAUUGGUUCCAGCAGAAGCCAACUUGACACGCAAUGGUAACACCUCUCAUGUUCUAGCAUCGACCUUGGUUCCUGGAGACGUGGUCCACUUUUCCCAAGGUGACAGAAUCCCCGCCGAUAUCAGAGUAACGGACGCAGUCCACCUCUCCAUCGAUGAGAGUAAUCUCACCGGCGAGAACAGACCGGUAAUAAAAUCACCAGAAGCCAUCAAAUCAGAAGCAAACGGUCUUAUUCCAAUCACUAACCGUCCGUCUGUGGUCUACAUGGGAACCUUGGUUCGCGAUGGCCAUGGUUCUGGAAUUGUCAUAGCAACCGGUUCCAAAACGGAAUUCGGUGCCGUUUUCGAAAUGAUGUCAGAAAUAGAAAAACCCAAGACUCCGUUACAACAAGCCAUGGAUAAGCUCGGAAAGGAUCUUUCCAUCUUCAGCUUUUGUGUCAUUGGAAUCAUCUGCUUAAUUGGUAUUACCCAGGGUCGCUCGUGGUUAGAUAUGUUCCAGAUUUCCGUUUCUUUGGCCGUGGCAGCCAUUCCCGAAGGUCUUCCCAUCAUUGUCACAGUCACUUUAGCCCUUGGUGUGCUUAGAAUGGCUCGUCAUAGAGCUAUCGUCAAGAGAUUACCCAGUGUCGAAACAUUAGGAAGUGUCAAUGUAAUUUGCUCUGACAAAACUGGAACUUUGACUGAGAACAGGAUGACUGUGACGAAAAUAUGGUCGACUGAUUUUGAAGGUACGUUCAAUUCCCCAUUCUUGGUGGUUGAAAGGCUCGAUGAUAAUACUUUACACCACAAGCUCACCAGCAACAUUCGCAGAAUAUUAGAGGCUGGCAAUAUCUGUAACAACGCCAGGUAUUCAUCUGAAAGCGAGAAGUUUGUUGGAAACCCUUCCGAUAUUGCCUUUGUUGAAUGCUUACCACACUUUGGUCUUGACGAUACUCGUGGUCAAAAAGUACGUACUUACGAAUUGCCCUUUUCCUCAAGAAGAAAGUAUAUGGCAGUAUGUGCUCAUUCUGGCGACACUUCGAGAUCUGAGACUUUUGCUAAAGGUGCAACUGAGCAGAUUCUUGCACGUUCCACGAAAUACUACGACUCUAAAGGUGAGGUAAAGCAACUUAGUGACGAAGUAAGAGACGAAAUCAACCAGAGAUCCAACACUUUGGCGGGAGAAGGGUUGAGAGUUUUGGCCUUGGCCAACAAUACGCAAAAGUUCGGUGACGAGAAACAUAUCGAGAGUGAACCUACCGAUUUAAUUUUUUGCGGGUUGAUAGGAAUGAAAGAUCCUCCCCGUCCUAAUGUGAGCAAAUCGGUUGCACGUCUCAUGAAGGGUGGAGUACAUGUGAUUAUGAUUACUGGUGAUUCUCCAAGCACAGCUAAGAACAUUGCCAAGCAGAUUGGAAUGCCAUUACAUACCAACGAUUCUGUCAUGACCGGCGACCAACUCGACAAGUUAUCCCCCGAAGCACUUUCGAAUGCAAUCCACAACGUUUCGGUGUUUGCUAGAACCACUCCAGAGCACAAAGUCUUGAUUGUCAAGGCGCUUCAGGCUAGAGGUGAUAUCGUCGCCAUGACUGGAGACGGAGUCAAUGAUGCCCCAGCAUUAAAGCUCGCCGAUAUUGGAAUUGCCAUGGGAAAAAAUGGAACCGAUGUUGCCAAAGAAGCAGCCGAUAUGGUGUUGACGGAUGACGAUUUCUCUACGAUUUUGAAUGCGAUCGAAGAGGGUAAAGGUAUUUUCUUCAACAUUCAAAACUUUAUCACUUUCCAGUUAUCCACCUCGAUUGCCGCGUUGACGUUGAUUGCUCUAGCUACGUUCUUUGGACUUCCAAACCCUUUGAAUGCUAUGCAAAUUUUGUGGAUCAAUAUCUUGAUGGAUGGCCCUCCCGCCCAGUCGCUCGGAGUUGAACCCGUUGAUCAUGAGGUGAUGAACAAGCCUCCCAGAAAGAGAAACGACAAAAUCUUGACCAAAGCUGUGAUCAAGCGUGUUUUACAAUCUGCCACUAUGAUUAUUCUUGGUACGCUUCACAUCUUUGUCAAAGAAAGAAUUGAUAAUGAGGUGACUGCCAGAGAUACCACCAUGACUUUCACCUGUUUUGUAAUGUACGACAUGUUCAAUGCUUUGGCAUGCCGUCACCAAACCAAGUCUAUCUUUGAACUCGGACUUAAAAACCAAAUGUUCAAUUUUGCCGUGGCCGGAUCACUUCUUGGUCAAUUGUGUGCCAUUUAUGUGCCAUUUUUCCAGUCUGUCUUCCAAACCGAGGCAUUGUACUUAUCAGAUCUUGGAAGCCUUUUCUUGUUGACCAGCAGUGUAUUUUUAGUUGACGAGGCAAGAAAGUGGUAUAAGAGAAGGCAGUUUACGAUGAAUGGAGUCAGCUACAGCGUAUAG